AGAGAGCGAGAACAGAGAAAGAAAGGAGUGAAUGAGAGGAAAGUUCAGGUGGCGGUACUGGUUAUACUUGUUGACCUCGGGCAUGCGUACUUUAUGUCCUAGUACGCAACAUCAAAGGUGCCGACACGGAAUUGCGCUAAUUUUUUCUCUGACGUCAUCCCUAACGGAGCUUCUCCGGCUAGACUGACCGAACUGGUUAAUCGGUGACCCGAAUGCAUUGGAUUAAUAAAAUUCGACAUGAUCUCUCUUGGAAAUCGCAAAGACAGUAAACGUUCUCACGUUUUAAUGCCGGUAGUACUGAGUGCCUGCGCCAUUCCGAUUUCGAUGCUCUUCUGGAUAGUCAACGUGACAUACUCGAUAAUAUGGCCAGAUACCGUAAACUCCACGGAAGAAUAUUCAGUCAUAUCACCAUGGAGAUGGUUGGUCGCAGUCAUAAUACCAUGUUUGUUCUUGUUUUGGGGUUUACGCAGGAAAAGUGUGGACACCACCGGUGCAAUUCUUGGCCUCUUUAUGGGUUUUAUCUUGACGCUCUCGAGCUUUGCUCAUUUGUCGGCUAUCGUGACGUUCUUUGUCACGGGGUCGAAGGUGACCAAAUUUCGAGCUGCCCAAAAAAGGAAAUUCGAAGCUGACUUCAAAGAGGGUGGCCAGCGGAACUGGAUACAAGUAUUAUGUAACGGUGGGAUGGCUAUGCAACUGGCUCUACUGUAUCUACUGGAUAUUGGCAGUGGUGAACGACCCAUCGACUUCGACAAAGAAUACCGAAGUUCGUGGUUGUCCGUUGGGAUAUUAGGAACGUUUGCGUGUUGCAACGGUGAUACGUGGGCUUCCGAAUUAGGUACGGUAACCGGCACGGGUGAUCCUUUCCUCAUUACGACGAGAAAAAGAGUACCAAGAGGAACGAAUGGAGGUGUCUCAUGGAUAGGUCUGUUCUUUUCUACUCUCGGUGGUGUAGUAGUUGGGCUUUCCUAUUACAUCGUGGUGUUAAAUACCGUUGACACGGCUGUACUACAAGUAGCAGCACCGCAGUGGCCCAUCAUAGUGGUCGCGGGCUUUGGAGGUCUCUUUGGCAGCCUUCUGGAUUCCCUUCUCGGUGCAACUUUACAAUAUUCAGGAGUGGAUGAGGCAGGUGUCAUAGUAGAGAAACCGGGGAAGGGCGUACGGCACAUCUGUGGUAAACAGAUCCUGGAUAAUCACAGUGUCAAUCUUCUCUCUAGCAUUGGUAUUGCUCUUAUUCUUCCGAGAAUAGCCAAUAUUUUCUGGCCAUAAAAGAGAAAAAGUUUCACAAAUCUAUUUAAUUCUAUUUAUACAAAAAUAUAAUAUAUAUCUUUAUACUUCGUAUAUUAUUCUCAUCUAUAUCAAGUAACUCGGGUCGUUAUAUCAGGUAACUCCGAUUGUAUGUGUACUUUUUCUGCACUCAGGAAUAAAAACUGUUAUACUAGGGAUAUUAUAUUAAUGUCAAAGAAG